AUGCCACGCCGCUGCUGUGUAUGGCAGCUGCCGCAGAUGCUGCUGCUGUUGCCUUUGCUGCUGUUGCUGCUUCAGACUCAGCAGCAGCAGCAGCAGCAGCAUUUCUUUUUAAUCCCAGGUGCUGCUGCAACUUCUGCUGCUGACGCGCCCUCAGCCACGCCUGAGGCAGUAAAACCAGCAGCAGCAACAGCAGCAACAGCAACAGUACCUGAUGCUGCUGCUAUUGAAGGCACUGAACACGCGGCACCGGUGUCAAAGGUGUCUAUAGGAGCUCCAGAGCAGUCCGAUGCUGCUGCCGCUGCAGCAACACCACCACAAGCAGCAACAGAACGCCCCCCCUCAAGUGGAGAGGAGCCUUCUACUGCGGAGUCUGCGGCUGCAGCAAUGCUUGCUGCAGCAGCAGGACCUUCAUCAUCUUUUGUACCAUCUGUAGAGCAGGGGCAGGAACAACUGCAGCAGCAGGAUCAGGAGCAGAGGCAGCAGCAGCAGGAGGCUGCUGCGGCUGCGGCAGCUGCGGACAGUGCGCAGAAGGCAGCAGCAGCAGCAGCAGCUGCUGCUGCUGCUGCAGAUGCUGUGUCUACUGGCCUUUUGCAAGCAGACGUCACCAGCUCUCCUGCAACUCCAGCUGCAGAAGCAGAGAAGGCAGCGGCGGCGGCAGCAGCAGCAACGGAAGAAGCAGCAGAUGCAGAAGCAGCAUCAGAAGCAGCAGCAGCUGGAGAAGCAGAAGCAGCAGAUAACGAUGAUGACUCUUCCUUAUCUGUUGCUUUAUCUUCUCUUUCCUAUUUACCUGGUGCACUAGCAGAAAGAUUAAAGGGUGCUGUUCGUUUUGCUGCUGUUGCUGCUGCUGUGCUGAUGCAGCUCACACCCCUACCGACAAUUGCACGUUUAUUUUUCUCCGCCUGUUUGUGGCUCCUCUACGGCAUAUUAAGGGUAGACCCCACCAUCUUACUCCCUAAUGUAUCAGGUGUUAUAGCAGUCUUGCCUGCUGCAACAAGCAGCAGCAGCAACACAGGGACUAUCUUUGGCAGCAGCAGCAGCACCAGUGCUAUCUUUACAAUCAUCAUCAUCAACACCACCAGCAGCAGAGCUAUCUUUAGCCACCCCCGGAGCAGCAGCAGCAACAGCACCAGCACCAGCAAUUGUGUUUGUGUCUGUGUGUGUAUACAGGUGGAUGCUGCCGUGAAUGUGUUGUCAUACGCCUCCCCCUUGGCCUCGUUGCGAGUAGUAUUAAAGGAGCAAACAACAGCAUGCAUGCCUGCUGAGGUGUCUGCUGGUUUAUGUGUUGGCAUAGCCCAGUUGCUGUUGUUGGUGUUUAUACCUCCUCCUUCUCGUCAGGGUUUCUCUGCUGUCUGCAGCAGCAGCAACACCAGACGUCACACUCAGAAGGGUUGGUUUGGGGGGCCUCUAGGUUUCUUAAGGAAGGAUGACGCCAAUGGCUGGGGAGACAGCAGCAGCGACUGCAGUACAACUGCAUGCGCUACUGCAUGCAGCAGCCCCAGCAUCUGUGCGCUUUCUCCUUCUCUUCCGACACAUGAAGAACUGCUGCGCCAUUGUGCCUUAGAUGCUGAACAGGAACCUCUUGACGAAGACUUCCUAGAGUAG